GCCUAGGAUGACGGCGCCAAGCCGACUACGGCUAUGAUGGGCGUGUUGCUGGGCGGCAGGCUCGUACCGUUGAGUUCUCGGUAGAAACGGGGAGGAACAAGUUGGAUGGAUGGAAGGCCAUGAUGAUGGUUGGGCUAGUUGAACGCACCCAUGAAAUGCCCAUGCAAUCUGUCGUCGUUGUGUUGGGCAGCGCUCGAUAACGCACGUUUUGGUCCGGUGUGGCUGGGUGUCCGUGGAGCGUCCAUGCUGGAUGUUGGGACUCGGGUCGGGAGGUACACACGACGCUGUUAUUAGUUCCGCACGUCGACGCGCCGCACCGUUGUGGGUGAUCAGCGCGCCCUUAGCCUGAUCUGUCCUCUAGUGUCGCGCAGCAAAGAUCUUACUGGUCCUCCCGUCGCGUAACUAACUCUCUCGGUGAUCGAGUGCGUGUACUGCCCCCACAGGUGUCGCUUCGCUCUUGCUCUACGAGUCUCUCUCUCCCUCGUGCGGCUGUCUGCCUUAAGUCCGUCAUCGGAUUCGGCACUUCCGCGUUCGUAUCUGACGCGCCGCAGCACGAGUCGUCCGUCCUCCGCGCCGGUACCUGGGAUAUCGGCUUCCCAGCAUGUGCUUAUCGUCCCUCCGUUACCCCCCACCGCCCUCUGCCACCCUCGUGUCAGCCAUGAGGGGAGUCGUCUUUUCUCAAGCACAGGCGGGACUGCUAUGGCUCAGCGAAUAACCGUCUGCAGAUGUCGGGGAAUGACAGUUCCGUGGCCGAAGCGAGAGUUAUAUUACGUCUCGUAUCGUACGUUAGCUGUCUCAUUGUACGAUAGCAGUGUGCGUGCUGCGUGCGUCCCGCUCAACCGCAGGAUCGUCUCAGGUGCUCUUUUUCUAAACGGUUUCAGGGAUCGUGCUCGAAGCGUUUCCAUCUCGCUACCAUUCCGCUAAUCGGUAGCGUCUCCGUGCUUUUAGAGAAUUCCCAAGAAUCACCUGAUUGUGGCCUAACAAGCGUUUCCAUCGCGCUCCUGUCCCGCUAAUCGACCGCGUGUCGACUCCCACGUGGUGAGUAAUCAGUAAGACACCCCAUCUUCAUUCCCCUUAAGAGCUCUCCACCACCUUCCCCACUCCGCCCCUUCCGCCUUCCGCUCCGCAAUUUGCUCCUCAACUCCCCUCGAUGCGCGGAAAGUUUUCCGCCCAGGCGCGGGUUUGGCACGCAGCGACUGAGGCGCAGGAGGACGCGGGGCAGCAGGUGGGGGGGGCAAGCGAGGUGCGCGGACGCCCCUCCCCCUCCGUCGGCGCAGCUUCCCCCGUAAGGGGGCCCGUGCGGAGGGCGGAGGUGCCGAUUGCGGGGAGCCUAGUGCUGGGGGGAGCUGCGCACGGGCACGGGCUGGUCGGGGGAGGCUGGGGGGGAGUAUGGGGGGUCGGCGGGGCAUGGGGAGGGGGGAUAGGCGGAGGCGGAAGCGGCGGGGGGAGCUUGAUGGCGUGGGUUUCCGCGGGGGUGGCUUGGGCGCAGCGGCAUAUGCUUUUCCUAGCAGCAUUGAUCCUGUUCCUGUACUCGUUAGUAGCUGUCUUCCACGCGUCUAACAGCCCCGCGGAUCCGCGGAUAGGGGCGGAUGGGGGCCUGGCAGGGGGUUCAGCUCUCCGCGCACACUGUAGCUCAUCUACACUGCAAGGCACGCGCAGCACCGGCGCUUCAUCCUCGUUACAAGUCGGCGGGGCGUUUGGGCUGGGGUUGGGGCAGCGACAGGGGGUCCCCUCGCGCAUUAUUGUGCCUCCCCCGCACCCCCUGUCCCGCUCCGUGGCCCGCGUGCUGCUUAAAGCCACUGCCGUGCUCUCCCUCUCCCACAGCGUGCCCCGCAGCGUGCGGGUGGCAGGCGCAGGGGCGGGGGGAAGAGGGGGAGGAGGAGGAGGAGCAGGAGAAGGGGGAGACAGAAGAGGAAGAGGAGAAGGAGGGGGAGGGGGAGGGGGGGGGAGGAUAGGGAGAGGAGAGGAGGACGGGCUCGAGAGCUCAGAGCCAGGCACAGAUGAAUCCGGAAUCCAAGUGGAGCCACAGGCACAGGCACAGGCACAGGCACAGGCACAGGCACAGGCACAGGCACAGGCACAGGCACAGGCACAGGCACAGGCACAGGCACAGGCACAGGCACAGGCACAGGCACAGGCACAGGCACAGGCACAGGCACAGGCAGAACCCCAAUCCCAAUCUCAGUCACAGUCCCCCUCUGGCGUCUCCCUGACCAUCUUCUGUGCCCCCAAGCCCUACCUCACCUCGUCCCCUGCCUCCGACCCGCAACGCCGUGCGCUGCUCUCCUGGCUGCGCCUCUCGCUGCGCCCCACUGUUGUUCUCCUGGGGAACGACUCCUCCUUCCAUAUCCUCGCUAAGGAGUUCCCCGGGCGCGUGGUAGUGGACUCGAGGGUCGAUACCAAUUUCUAUGGCGUUCCGCUGGUGCAUUCCAUGCUGGCUCGCGCGCGGGCGGCGCCCACCAUGGUGUCCCUGCUCAUUAACGGGGAUAUACUGUUGCUGGAGGACGUGGUGCCGGCGCUUAGCAAAGUGCACAGGACGUUUAAGAGCUGGGUGCUGACGGCCGCUCGGUGGGACGUGAGUGCUGACUUCCCCUUUGCGCUGGAAGCAAGGGACGGGGGAGGCGGGGAGGGGGGAGGCGGAGGAGGAGGGGAGUGGCUGGUGAUAGGGGAAGGUAGCAAUGCGAACAGUGGCAGCAGCAGCAGCAGCAGUGGUAGGGGGAGUUACCUGGUGGGGAGCAGUGUGGUGGAGGGGGAGGUGAGGCGGUACGUGCGGCGGCAAGGCAGCCUGCACACAUACGGAGGGGUGGACUUCUGGGCCUGGAACAACUACGUGCAUGUCACCCAUGGCACCCACGGCACCCGCUCCAGUAGCGGCAGGAGCAGCAGCAGCAGCAGCAGCAGCAGCAGCAGCAGCAGCAGCAGCAGCAGCAGCAGGAGCAGAGGUUUGAGUGAGGAGGAUGAGGGGAGCAGCGAUGGGGACGGCGGCGACGGCAGCAACGGCCGGUACAGCAGCGACAGCAAGGACAGCACGCCGCUGUUCGCAGGGGAGAUGCCGCCGUUCGCGUUCGGGCGAGGGAAAUACGACAACUGGCUCACACAUGAGAUCGUCGCCGCGGGUCUACGGCAGAUGGUGGACGCCAGCGACGCGGUUACAUCCGUCCAUGUGGCGCAUUCUUACUCGCAUGUGGUGGCGGGGGGUGUGGCGGCGGCGAAGGCGGGGCUGAGCUUUUGGAGCACGCGGAAGCAGUCGAGCUGGGAGCUGUUUGCGAAUAUACACAUGGCGCAGACGCACGGGUCAUACCGCAACCAGAAGGGCACUGCGCUGCACAUCCCCUGGCGCCUGCUCUCGUGCUUCGACCACGCUGCAUCCAACAUGUGUCUGCAGCGGCGUUUGCGCCCAGCCAACUGCACGUGCGAGUACUCCGCCUUCGUGCCCGCCUCCCAGUCCGACCCGCGGUGGGAGCGCGGCGGCGUGGUGUGCGGCACGCUGUCCAUCGACCACAACAAGGACUUUGCCAUCCACCCACUGCCCACCAGCCCCCGCUCGCCCCCGGGCCUCCCCCACACGCUCGACCAGCUGCUGCCGCAGCUCGCGAGAAACAUCACCGAGCCGGGGGGUUCCGCGACUGGCGGCAGCAGCGGGGGGGGUGGCGGCACGGGGGUGACUGGGGAAGGGGGAGGAGACAGUGGUGGGAGCGGAGCAGGGGAGGAACAGCAGCUGCAGCAGCAGCAGCAGCAGCUGAGAGUGGUGACGCUAGUGGCAGUGACCUUCACGUACGCUGACAUGCUCAUGAGCUUUGUGUGCCGCCUGCGCGCUCUCGGCCUAGCGGACAACCUUCUAGUGGCGGCGCUGGACGCGGAGAUGUACCGCUUUGCCUUCCUGCAGGGCCUCGCAGUGUACCUCGAGCCCAGCUCCUCCUCCAUGCACAAGUCCCUGGGCACGGACGCUGCCUCGCCCUUCCGCGACUGCCCCUUUGGCAGCCCCUGCUUCCAGGAGUUCACGAAGCUCAAGUCCCGGGCGGUGCUGCGCGUGCUGCGAGCCGGCUACUCUGUGCUGCUCUCAGACGUUGAUGUGGUGUGGUUUAAGGACCCGCUGCCAUACCUGCUGUCGUUUGGCCCGGGCACGCUGCCGAUCCAGAGCAACGAGCCGAACGCGAGCCUGCCAGGCACGGGAAUUAGGAGGAUCAACUCGGGGUUCUAUUUCGCGCGAGCGGAUGGGGUUACCAUCGAGGCGUUUGAGGCGAUCGUGAGGCAUGCGGGCAGGACCAAGCUGUCGGAGCAGCCGAGCUUCUAUGACGUGCUGUGCGGAGGGAAGGGGGAGCUGGUGGUGCGAGCGCUGAAACAGAAGCAGCAGCUGCAGGAGCAGCAGUGGGGAGGGGGGGGGAAGAGCCAGGCGGCGCAAUGGUGGCUUGGCAGCAGCGGCAGCGGCAGCGGCGGCAAGGAGCAAGCGGGUGAGGAAGAGGGAGAAGAGGAGUCCUGCAUUUGGAAGAAUGGCCUGCGGACCAUAAUGCUGAACCGGUCUCUAUUCCCAAAUGGGGCGGUGCACAAGCUGUGGGAGCAGGAGAGUGUGGGGAGGGCGUGCCGGGCCAAGGGGUGUGUGGUGCUGCAUAACAACUGGAUCACUGGACAUGCGGAAAAGCGGGAGAGGAUGAGGCGGCAUGGGUUCUGGCACUAUGAUGUGGCACGGAGGAUGUGCGUAUGGGGGUGGCAUGAGGAGUAUGGGGAGGAGAGGGAGGAGGAUGAUGCUGAUAUGGGUGCUGGCCAUGCAGAUGCAAGGUGAGGCAUGCAUGGAGAUGGAUGGAGGUGCAUGGAUAUGCUAGGAGAUGGAAGGGAUGGAAAUUGAAAUGGAAGGGAUGCAUUUUUCCCCUGCUGAAAAUGCUCCAUUGAAUUGGUGCCUCCGAGGAAGCUGUCCUGUUCUUUUUACAUGUACGCAGGGGCUGCACACAAGGUCUCUGGUUAAGACUCGCCUCUCUGCGUUUGUACCAUUCUUUGAACGUUGGCAGUAUCUUUUUGGAGAUCUCCAUACAAUUGUUAUUCAGAUAGUGAGAUUUUGUAAUACCCUCAGCACAACAUGACAUUAUGGGGGGAAUGGAGAUUGGCGUUGGUGGUGCGUUACUGAAUAAAACUUACUACAGGUCAUAUGCCUUGUAGACGACC